AUGGAGCGAGCCAUACUUGUGGUGUUACUUGCUGCCCUUAGCGGUGUUCUCGGGGCAGAGGAUUCUUGUGGUGACUGCCUGAUACUGACGCCUCACAUCCAAAAUGGCAACGCGUCCUUAGCAAGAGAACUUUCAGAAGUAAAAUCAAAUGAUUUUGCGGGACUUACCAGUUAUUCUGGUUUUAUAACAGUGAAAGAAGAAUAUAAUUCCAACCUCUUCUUCUGGUUUUUCCCUGCUGCCACAAAUCUGUCAAAUACUCCGCUAAUUAUAUGGUUGCAAGGUGGUCCUGGGUUUUCAUCUAUGAAAGGAUUGUUUGAUAUCAUUGGACCUAUAAAGGUGGAAAAUGGAAAAGUGGUACGAAGAAACAUAUCGUGGUCUGACUAUUCGCUGCUGUUCCUCGAUAACCCAGUUGGUGCUGGCUUUAGCUUUACUGAUGACGAGGAUGGAUACACAGACAAUGAGGAUGAUGUUGGUGAACAAAUGCUAACAUUCCUGAAGCAAUUCCUGAUGAUGUUUCCAGAGAUUAGAUCAGCACCGUUGUUUGUGGUCGGCGAGUCUUACGCGGGGAAAUAUGUGCCAGCCCUCGGCAUCCAGAUCCAUAGACAUAAUCAGAACAAUCCCAAAGACUAUAUCAAUAUGAAGGGUAUCGCAAUCGGCAAUGGUUUGAUAGAACUCAGAGAGAUGAUGCACUACAGCACCCUGUGCAAUGUGCUGGGCGUGCUCGAGGGUCCUCAGAUAGAACACUUGGAGCUGCUGGAGAAACAGGUCGUCAAACUCAUUGACGCUAAGAAAAUGGUCGAUGCAGCUAACAAAUUCAACGAAACAAUAGAAUAUAUUAAGAAACAGAGUGGCAUCAGUAUUUAUAACUUCUUGGAGGGAGCUUCUUCAGGGGCACCAGAGUUUGAAGAGUUUCUCAAGAGGAGUGACGUCAGAGAUCUGAUCCAUGUGGGUAAUGCCACCUUCACACUCAACAACCAACUGGUUUAUGAGAAGAUGUUACCAGACUUAGCAAACACUACCAAACCUUUCGUUGAAGAACUCUUGGAACAUUACGGAGUUAUGGCCUAUAACGGCCAACUAGACGUGAUUCUAGGGUACAGUUUAUCAAAACACAUGUACGAUACGCUGAAGUGGUCCCGACGUGAGUCCUACGUGCAAUCCCCCAGGCGACGCUUACGCAAAUUCGCUAAUGGAUCCGUUGUCGGGUACAAAAAGGCUGGCGGAAACUUCGAGGAAGUACUAAUUCGGGGAGCCGGACACAUGGUGCCGGUCGACCAACCAGAGGUCGCCAAAUUCAUGAUGGACAGUUUUAUACAGACAUACAAAAAUUAG